GGUGCUACCCGCAAUAAAAGCGAAGAAGGAGAAGAGAAGAAGUCGCUGCUUCCGUGGACCUCAAACACGCGUGGUAAAGAUUCAGGACGGUUGUUAACUAGUGUGUUAUACAAUAAUGGGUAAAAUAAAAAAAUCUCGUAAUCGUAGUAAAUUUAAUUACAAUAAAAACAAAAAGAAGCUGAAAAAGAAGAUAAGAAGAAAGGAGAAACCGCACAUUGAUUGUCCUCAGAUACGUAAGGCUUGGGAUGAACACAAAACAGUUAAGCAGAAUCUACAAGACAUGGGGCUGUCACUUGGGACAAAGGGUAUGCUUCCAAUUAAAAACAAAAAGGAAAUGGAAAGUAAACCAGCGGAGACAAAUGUAUUGAAACCGUACGUCAUUGAAGCAAUGGAGGUAGAGGCCAGUCUCCGUGGUGAGAGCAGGACCACAUGCUCCACUGACAUGACUGAAUAUGUUCAAUACAUGGUGAAGGAACACAAUGAGGAUUAUAAGGCAAUGGCAAGGGAUGAGAAAAACUACUAUCAGGACACACCAAAGCAGAUUAAACGGAAAGUGGAAUUUUACAAACGGUGUCAUCCUAAGGAAUAUGCUGCGUUCAUUGCAUCUCUGCAAUCUCAGAAGUCUAUAUGAUGUCACAGCGAAGAACUGGUGUCUUAAACUGAUGGUCAGAAUGUCACCUUUGUGUCUGUUAAGUGUGUCUUAAGGAUGAGUGUAUACAUAGAGAAAAGAUUUUCAACAGUUUGUUUCAACUCUGACAACUUUCUUUAACAAUGUUAACUUUUAAAUGAUGUGUAUAUCAAUCUGGUGAGCAACUUGAGUAUCUUCCGAAGUAUAAAAAUUACAUUUUGUAAAUUCUGACUUAUUGAUGGGUAAGUUUAAUAUGUUUUGGCAAAUAAAAAUAAUACACAGGAGUGAAAACAACUCUUCAAUACAAUGCAACAUAAAGAAAAAAUCUGGGUUCAGUACAAGCAGCAUUCUGCUGGUCAAUUCCGCAAAUUAGUGUGGAAAAAUUUAAUAUGGGGGAGACACAAAACCAACAAGUCAGAUAUUUUCUGUGUUCAACAUUGUGCCAAAAAUGUUGUUGAUGGAGCUGAACCCAGAACAUUGAUUUAAGACACAAUAAUUACAGAUUUGCACUGCAGUAGUGCUUCUGUAGACAUUGUUGUUGCUUCAUCACUGUUUCUUAGAAAUGUCACGUGCUACAUGUACAUGCUAAAUAAAACACGCAUGACUGUU